UAAGAACAAUGCGACCAGGAAGCAUAUUAUUAUUCUCUGCUUUUCUAGAGCUGAGCUUGUGCUUUCAGUGCUACAAGGGAAGAGGGGAUAAUUACAGGAGAGAUGAAUGCGCUCAAUGUGAGUUUACCGAAUGCAUGUGUAUAAAAGCAUCUCCUCUUCUUCUUUCAGCAGCUCAGGAUGGAAUAGCUUUCCCAGGAGACUAUCCCCCAUAUCAAGGAUCUGGUGGGAGCAACUUUCCAGAUUCAUCUCUCUCUGCACCUAAACUUCAAAUACAAGGAUAUCCCGGUAACCUAGACAACCGAUAUCCUCCGGACCAGGGCAGAUAUCCUCCGGACCAGGGCAGAUAUCCAGGAAAUGAUCGUUAUCCCCCUGGUCCAGGGUUUGAUAACCAGUUUCCCCAGGGUCCGGGCAGCAUAAACCAGUUUAAUGGAGGAAGACAAGGACGGGUCAAUGUAGAUUAUCAAUCUGGAGAAAUAUUGAGAGAUUGCUGGGCAAAUCCGUUUACAGCUGAACAACCAGGAUGUUCUUCACAAACCUUUCAGGGGCGUACCUACUACAUUUGCAGAUGUAUGGGAGAACUUUGUAACUCAUCGAGUUUGCCUGCUCUGAGUCUAACCCUGCUUUCUUUUCUUCUUGCUAGAUAUAUUCUGUAGCAUUAUGUUUUUUUUUUUAUUUAUUUUUUAUUAUAAAGUUUGUAAACACUAAUAAAUACUUGAUUAA